AUGACCAAUAUGAACGACAUACCCGAUUUGAAGAAAGAGAAGGAUCUCGAGUGCCUGGAUGAUGUGCAACAAAGUGCCAUCAGCAACCACGACGAUGUUUUUGGAGAGAUCUCUGAGGGUGGCCCCAACUACCGUAGUGUAGGAUGGUCGGGAACCGCCGUUCUCAUGAUGAAAAGCCAACUUGGACUGGGUGUCCUUUCCAUUCCAAGUGCCUUUGAUAAACUGGGCAUCGUCCCAGGCAUGAUCUGUCUCAUUGUCAUUGCCAUUAUCACAACGUGGUCAGACUACAUGGUGGGUGUCUUCAAGCUUAAGCACCGCUCGGUUUACAGUAUCGAUGAUGCCGGUGGAUUGAUGUUCGGACCCAUCGGACGAGAAGUCUUCGGCUUUGUGUUCUGCCUAUGUAGGUUGAGCGAGAUCAAUGCAUUUUUCAAGGCUAACAGCAAGAUAGAUUGGAUUUUCGUGGCUGGCUCAGGAAUGCUGAGUCUUUCUAUCGCCUUCAAUGCCGUUUCGAGCCAUGCUACCUGUACAGCUGUUUAUGUCGCUAUUGCAGCCAUUGCGGGCAUUUCAUUUGCGAGCAUCCGGACGCUUGGUCGCAUGAGCUGGCUCGCCUGGAUCGGUCUGGUGGCUAUCAUCACUGCAGGUAAGGAUUUCUUUUUCUGGAUUCAUGUUCGUGCAAAGCCUUACUCAUCUCACUCUGCAGUUCUUAUCGUGACCGUCGCCGUGGGUAUACAAGGUCGACCUGCCUCUGCCCCUCAGGAAGGGGUAUGGGUAUCUGAUUAUAAGAUCGUGGCAAACCCUUCGUUCGCCGAAGCCAUCUCGGCUGUGUCCUCGCUCAUCUUUGCCUACGCCGGAACACCAGCGUUCUUUGCCAUCGUAUCCGAGAUGCGGGAGCCUCAAUACUUUACUCGAUCGCUGGUUAUCUGCCAAAGUACAGUGACAGCUAUCUACGUGUCUAUCGGUUGUGUGAUUUAUUACUUUUGCGGCUCAUAUGUCGCAUCUCCUGCCCUUGGCUCUGCCGGUCCCACCGUGAAGAAGGUCAGCUAUGGCUUUGCCAUUCCAGGACUCUUGGUCACCACGAUGCUCUUUAUUCAUUUGCCCGGAAAAUACAUCUUUGUUCGCGUCCUGCGUGGAUCGAAGCAUCUCACCUCUAAUAGCAUUGUCCAUUGGACCUCCUGGAUCAGCUGCACUUUUGGAGUUGGCAUUAUCUCCUAUAUCGUUGCCAGUGCAAUCCCCGUCUUCGAUAGCCUUGUCUCCCUCGUUGGUGCUUUGCUUGGAACCUUCCUAUCCUUCCAACCCAUGGGCUGCAUGUGGCUUUAUGACAAUUGGAGCAAGGGCAAAACAGAGCGGUCACCACGAUGGAUUGCCAUGGUCUGCUGGAGUGUUUUUGUCAUAUCCAUUGGUACUUUCAUGAUGGUUGCUGGUACAUACGGAUCAGUUGUCGGUAUCAUGGACAGCUACAAAGCUUCAGGUGGCUCUGGGGCAUGGUCUUGUGCCGAUAAUUCCAACUCUUCAUAG